ACCAAAACGUCACACCAUUUCUAUAUUAAAGGGUCUCUUGCAUUUCACUUCUUCCAUUCAACAACCUCAAAUACACACACGCACACACACAUUUUCAAGAAACAAAUGGAAACAAAUAUUCGAUCUUUAGAGCAUACACGUACAAACAAGAUGAUUCAACUCACAAUAAAGGUAAUGGUGAUCACCAUCUUCUUAGGGUACAUAAUGAUAUGGGUGAUGAUGCCUACAAACACAUUUUGGCUACAUUGGUUACCUCGUAUCCAUUCUGCCACUAAUUCAUCCUAUUUCGGUCAACAACAAGGUGGAAAUAUUGUAAUAUACACAACCCCAAUCCUCAUAAUUGCAAUUAUGUCAUGUAUAUACCUUCACCUUCAAAACAAGCUUUCACACCAUCAAAGUACACCCAACAACUUAUGGGGACAACUAGCAAUUGUGAGAGGUCCUCUUGGGAUCAUUAGUUGGACAGAAGUGUCAUUUCUCAUCAUGUUUGUGGCACUUUUGGUUUGGUCUUUCUCGGCUUACUUACAUGCCAUGUUUGCCAAUAUCACUACACAAUCCGCAUCUAAAAUGGGCGAAAAAGUGUGGGAAGUGAAGUUAGACAGCAUAGCAUUGAUGCUAGGACUUAUUGGCAACAUAUGUCUCUCCCUUUUAUUUUUUCCAGUGACUAGAGGGUCACCGGUGCUCCGGCUACUUGGUCUCACAUCAGAAUCCACCAUCAAGUAUCACAUAUGGAUCGGAAAUCUCACUAUGAUGUUCUUCAUUGCUCAUGGUUUAUGUUACAUCGUCUUUUGGGGUACAACACACCAAAUUUCACAGAUGAUGAAAUGGGAGAAGAUCGGGAUAUCGAAUGUGGCGGGAGAAGUCGGUUUAUUUAUAGGAAUUGUCAUUUGUCUCCCGGGUUUUUACCUCUUUCUGAUAGAUCGAAUCCUACGUCUCCUACAAUCCCAACAAAAAGUCCGUUUAGUUUCAGCGCGAGUUUUACCAUGCCAAGUUGUAGAAUUAAACUUCUCCAAAACACGAGGGCUUAAAUAUAAUCCAACGAGUUUAAUUUUUGUGAAUGUACCUAGUAUAUCAAAACUACAAUGGCAUCCAUUUACAGUGACUUCGAGUAGUAAUUUUGAUGAUGAAAAGUUAAGUGUUGUUAUUAAAAGUAAAGGAAGUUGGUCACAAAAGCUUUAUGAAAAGCUUUCAAUGCCUUCACCAAUGGAUCAUCUUCAAGUCUCGGUGGAAGGGCCAUAUGGACCUAUUUCAACCAAUUUUCAACAGUAUGACAAGCUUGUGAUGUUUAGUGGUGGAAGUGGGAUCACUCCAUUUAUCUCCAUAAUUCGUGAGCUUCUUCACAUGGAAAACAACAACAACAACAACAACACACCACAAAUUCUCCUUAUCCCAUCUUUCAAAAAAUCUGAAGAUCUUGCGAUGCUACAACUUAUCCUUCCUAUUUCACCCACUACACUUGAUAUAUCUCGCUUGAAAUUACAAAUCUGCCCUUAUGUAACACAAGAAAUAGGGCACACAACUGAAGAACAACACCUUCACAGAACAAUAUGGUUCAAACCGAAUCCCCUUGAUGCACCGAUUUCUCCAAUUUUAGGGCAAAAUAACUGGAUUUGGUUGGGAAUGAUAAUUGUGUUCUCUUUUAUCAUUUCCCUUGUGUUUAUCGCGCUUUUCACAAGAUUUUAUAUAUACCCGAUUGAUAAGGGUACAAAUAUGAUAUAUUCGUAUUCUAUAAGGUCGGUUUGUAGUAUGGUGUUUAUAUGUACAGCUAUAUCUAUAACUGUAUCUAUCGCUUUUCUGUGGAACAAGAGAAGGAAUUUGAAAGAAAUGGGGCAGAUUCAAAUUACGGAUUUACCCUCGCCAUUGGCGUCUCCAGGUUUGAGUUCUUGGUGUUAUAAUGAGGAUAGAGAGAUGGAAAGUCUUCCUUAUGAAUCUUUAAUCGGGGCUUCUACUAAUGUUAACUAUGGAGAAAGACCAGAUUUCAAGAAAAUACUUACAAAAUGUGAAGGAUCUAGAAUUGGAGUUCUUGUAAGUGGUCCAAAGAUGAUGAGGGAUGACGUGGCAGCGAUUUGCUCAUCUGAGUUGUCAAAAAAAUUCGUUUUUCAGUCUAUCAGCUUUACCUGGUGAAAGAAAUGGGAAUAUUUCUUUAUAAAUUAUAUAACAUUAUGUAAAAAAAAGUUUUAGA